GGCUCCAGUCCUCCCUCGCCCUCUCCGCCCGCCGGGAUGGAGCUGGAAGCCUCGCUGGAGCAGUCGGUGCAGGCGCGCAUCUUCAAGAUCAUCGUCAUCGGGGACUCCAACGUGGGCAAGACCUGCCUGACCGUCCGCUUCUGCGGCGGCACCUUCCCCGCCAGCACCGAAGCCACCAUCGGCGUGGAUUUCAGGGAGAAGGCGGUGGAGAUCGCCGGGGAGCACAUCAAGGUCCAGGUGUGGGACACAGCAGGCCAAGAGAGGUUCCGGAAGAGCAUGGUGGAGCAUUACUACCGCAACGUCCACGCGGUGGUUUUUGUCUACGACGUCACCAAAAUGGCCUCCUUCCUCAACUUGAAGAACUGGAUUGAGGAGUGCAACGGCCACGCCGUCCCGGCUCUCGUCCCCAAAGUUCUUGUGGGAAACAAGUGUGACUUGCGGGAACAAAUCCAAGUCCCGUCCAGCAUGGCCCUGAAAUUUGCCGAUGCCCACAAUAUGCUUUUGUUUGAAACCUCCGCCAAGGACCCGAAAGAGAGUCAGAAUGUGGAGUCUAUUUUUAUGUGUCUGGCCUGCCGGCUGAAGGCCCAUAAGUCUCUACUCUAUCGGGACAUGGAGAGGCAAGGGAAGGGACAGAAAAUUGAGCUGGCACCGGCCUCGGGCAAUAGGAACGCCUGCCCUUGCUGAAGGGGCAGUCUUGACUGUUGAGCUGGGAGGGUUGGGCAGGCGGUUUUGUGUGCCUCGAUAAACUGAAUCAACGUUGCUCGU